AUGAGUAACAGCAGCAAAAAGUUCAAAACUCGCUUGCAGAUGAAAUCUCUAAACCCAAGUUCUAAUGCUGAAGCACUUAUAAAGAGAAAAGCUACAUUAGAAAAAAACAAACAACUUGAAGCUGCUGUUCAAUGGUGUAAACAAAAUAGUAUAAGAGGACAUACUGCAAUUAAAACUAGACAAUUCCCACUUAUUAAAGAUCGUGAAACUAUAAACCGUAGACUUGAUGGGAAAAUAGUCAAUGGUCUUGAAAGGCAGUAUUGUGCAAUUCUUUUGGAGGAAAAAGAGAUGUCAAUUGUUUCAUACAUUAAGAAUAAAAAUCGAGCAAUGCAGGGCAUAAACAAAGCAGAACUAACAAAACUUGUCCUUGAUGUUCUGAAAGUUAGACAAUACACAAAUAAAAGAUUGAAAGGUGGGAGAAAAUUCACAGCAUUAUCAGCAAAUGCAAAAAAUUCUUUGAAAAAAAACAAAUUAGGUAAAUCGUUCUGGAUGCGCUUUAUAGCUAAGAAUCCAAGCUUAAUACUCAAGCGACAAGGAAAUGUAUCAAUAAAUAGAGCUCUCAAUUCCACCAGGGAAAUGGUAUGUUCCCACCUUGACAGUCUUGCAGAGGAAUUGAUCGAGGCUGGCAUUAUGACUGAAGCAGCCCAAAAGGAGACAGGAGUUUGGUCUGGAAAUAUUGAUCUAUGCAGAAUAUUUAAUCACGAUGAAACACCACAGUUUAUAAAUUUUGGUGUUGAUGGUACUCCUGCUGGUCUUGUUUUUGCUGCAAAAAGGGAAACAUGUUGUAAAAUGAUAAGAGAGAACCGUGAAUGUGUCACCAUUCAUCCUCUAGUAUCAUUUUCAGGCAGCUAUUUCCAUAUCACUUUUUUGAUAAAUAUUUAUAAUAUAGAUUGA